CAAGAAUGGAUUCACCGUUAUCUUAUUUUGAAAGGUUUCACGCAUGUCUUCCUGUUUCUAACUUGACGUUGCUAAUGUCCGCCCUGCACAGAGGAGCUCCACUCGUGUAAACUAUCACACUAACUGAUGAUACUGGACCCCGGGCCGCUCUGUCUAAGCAGUUUCUGAGUGGUCGCCGUGAGCAUGGCGGACCGUGAGGAGCGCCGCUUCGCCGAGGUCUCCCGGGACUCUGUCAAACUCAUGGCCGAGAGUACAGGUGUGGAGCUCGGCGACGACGUGGCCGCUCUGCUGGCUGAGGACGUUUGUUACCGGCUCAGGGAGGCGACCCAGAGCAGCUCCCAGUUCAUGAGACAUGCCAAGAGGAGGAAGCUGACAGUGGAGGACUUCAACAGAGCUCUGCGCUGGAGCAACGUGGAGGCUGUUUGUGGCUACGGGGCCCAGGACGCUCUACCUUUCCGCUCAGUAAAAGAAGGAGAACUUUUCUUCAUCGAGGAUCGAGACAUCAACCUGGUUGAGUUGGCUCUGGCCACCAACAUUCCUAAGGGCUGUGCUGAGACCAUGGUGCGAGUGAAUGUGUCUUACCUGGAUGGAAAAGGUAACCUGGAGCCUCAGGGGACCGUUCCGACAGCCGUGCAGUCUCUGUCAGACGACCUGUUGAAGUACUACCAGCAGAUCACGCGAGGCAUCCUGGGAGAGGACCCACACCUCAUGAAGGUGGCUCUGCUGGACCUCCAGUCCAACUCCAAGAUCGCUGCCCUCCUGCCAUACUUUGUUUAUGUCAUCAGUGGGGUGAAGUCAGUAAGUCAUGAUCUGGAGCAGCUCAACAGGCUUCUCCACAUGGUGAAGAGCCUGGUCCAGAACCCUUACCUGUACCUGGGCUCAUACGUGCGCAGCCUGGUCUCCAGUGUCAUGUACUGCAUACUGGAGCCGCUGGCUGCCUCCAUCAACCCACUCAACGACCACUGGACCCUCAGGGACUACGCAGCCCUGCUCCUCAGCCACAUCUUCUGGACUCAUGGUGAUCUGGUGAGUGGACUCUACCAUCAGAUCCUGCUGUCACUUCAAAAGGUUCUGUCUGACCCAGUGAGACCGCUCUGCUCACAUUACGGAGCCGUGGUGGGGCUUCAUGCUCUGGGAUGGAAGGCUGUCGAGAGAGUGCUCUUCCCACACCUUCCUGCCUACUGGGCCAACCUCCAGGCCGUGCUGGAUGACUACUCUGUUUCUAACGCUCAGGUCAAAGCAGAUGGACAUAAGGUGUAUGGAGCCAUCCUGGUGGCAGUGGAGCGCCUGCUGAAGAUGAAGGCUCUGUCUCUGUCUCAGCCAGCAGAGGGAGGCACCAGCGGUCAGCCGGGCUCUGUGGGGGGUGCUAUGGGUUACAGGGUGAGCUCCCCUGGCCUCAGCCCCCCUCCAGAGCCUCUGUCGGAGGCUGCUCUGGGAAUCGCCACUCACCUUCAGGCAGGCGUGGCCGGCUGUCCCUGGGAGGAGUGGACCCCGGUGCCUCUCCCCGCCAUGUACUGUGAACUCUACUCCUUUUUUGGAGACAGCUUGGCCGUCAGGUUCAGUACAGGGCCCGGGUUCGGCAGCUACCCCCCCUACACCCCGACCCAGCCCAGUGAUGCACGGAAGGAACCACCUGGCCCCGCCUCCAAACCCGAUACCGCCAGAAAGAUGCCGCAGCUAACCGCCAACCUCAACAUCAGCCCGAGGCAGGAUGGGAGUCCUCGCACCGAUCCUCCGCCGCCCAGCCUGGCAGCUACUGGAUCAGGACGGUCUCUGGCUCGCUCGUCCUCCUCCUCCUCUUCCUCGUCUGUGCAGCGCUCCAGAUCAUCCUCGUCACGUUCGGGUCAGCGCUCUGCAGGUCUGUCCCGCGACGUCUUCCCCAAAGCUCGCUUCACCUCACCUCAGGCGGGACCUCCGGCAUUCACCUUCCUCAUCGGCGGGCGGCAAAUGGGUCGCCGUUGUCAAGGCCGACGCCCCUUCCAGACCACUUUUGCCCCGACUCCACCUCUUUCUGCCAUCCCACCACGUGCCUACGCCCACAAACUCCCCGUCAUUGGCAGGGUGGGCAAACCUGUACGCCGCUGGGCGUGUUCCCAUUACUCCCUUCAUCUGCCGCUCUAGUCUAGAAAAGAGUGUGACUGCUUCCUGUCUGUUUAAUGACUGAUUAUUAUCAAGGAGGACGUUUGGACCAUGAUUCACUGAGUUUACACUGAUUUACAAUCACUGUGUGUUGACCCUGAUGAGAUGAAGCAGCUCAAAGCAUCAUACCAGGAGUGAAUCCAUCAGCGACUGGCUUUCCGGUGUAGCCAGCAGAUAUUCAGACUCUUUUCUGGACUGGUUACCAUCACCACAGCCUGCUCUAUUGUGAUUGGUCAAUACUACUCAGACUAAAAUGUAAACCAGCAGCUUCUGCUGUCAAAAUCUUGUUCCCUGCUCACAGCUUGUGCGUUCAUAUUCUCAUCUGUUAAAGAAUUUAGAAACAUGAUGAACUUAUUAAAAAGAUGCACAUUAUGGUCAUGUAAAGUGACACCGGUGUCCACCGCAACCACGUUUUUCACAUAUUUUGGUUGGUGUGGGUUUCGGGCCGUGAUCGAAAUGAAGAAAACAAACAUCAUCUACCCCUACUCUGCUUCUGAUUGGCUAACCCUAAUCCUUUUUAAAAACUAUGAUGUUUUCUUGGUGGGCUGUCAGACAUAGAGGAAAUACUAUAGAUGAAUAACAAGUCAAAGUAAAGUGAGGUGUAGUGACCUGCCCUACCCACCUGACCUGCAAGUAUCUGUUCAUCAGCAAGCUCUGCUUUAUAGUAGCAUGAGUGUCGGGGCUGAGCACAGCAGCAGUAUCCAAGGGGGACUCUCAUUUCUUUUCUCCACCCACAGGACUACAGAGGUGGAGAGAUUCAGACUGGAUAAAAAGACGUGUUCUUUAUUGUUGAAUAGCAGCAAAACAAGAUAACGUGAUGAGCUGAAGCUGGAGCUCAGACUGGACUCAUGAAGUGGAUCCCACACAGCAGAGACUGGAGCAAGGAGUGAUCAUCUGCUGUGUUUGACAUCUUGUACAGAGCUGUUGUUUUUGUUGAAUUAAAAAAUGUAGUUUGGAAAA